AUGGCAAGAAAAAGAGCUAAAACGGCAAUAUCAAUGGCUGAGGAAGAUGAUGGAUUUUCGAAACUACCUGAUGCAAUCAUCCAACACAUCUUGUCAUUUCUACCCACUGUGGAUGUCGUUCGUACAAGCCUCCUAACAAAGCGUUGGAAGCUCAUGUGGUACUCAGUCCCCACACUCAUUUUCUCUGAUGCUACAACUGAUUUUCAAUCGUCACAGGCCGUAGAAAAUUUCUACAAGUAUGUCGAUAAUUGUUUGAUAUGCCGCAAGAGAGGUAUGAAUUUUAUGGUGGAUACAGCCAUAGCUAGUUUCAAGCUUCAGAUGAAGAAUUCCUAUCAUACAAGCAAAGCCACUUACCUAGAUAAAUGGUUAGAAUUUUUAGUUAAAAACAAAGUCAAGGAAAUAAAUCUUCAAUUGGGUUUUGCCUUUGAUCGUGCUUUGAGUUGUUACAGCUUACCUAUAUCAGUACUCAACACUAGAGAUUUGACUGUUUUAGAGUUGGAUAGGUUAGAUUUGAACACUGCUUAUUCAAUUAGACUUCCUGCAUUGAAAACUUUGUCAUUGAAAAAUGUUUACUUUGAAGAUAAUUUGAAGGAUGAUGCAAUAUUUAAGUUAUUGCUGGGUUGCCCUUCCCUUGAGACAUUGUUGUUAAGUUUGUGUGAUAACUUAGUUCCUCUUGGUUAUCCGCUCUGCUUGCAAAGUUUUAGCCUGAAGUGGCUGAAAAUUAAAUAUCUUGCCUUUGUACCACCUCUUCAAGUCGAAGCCAUAAAUCUUGAAUCUUUGGUAGUAAAUGGAUUCAUCUUUAAAGAUACAAAUCUCUUUGCAUGCAAGAGAAUUAGAAAUCUCUCACUAACUUUUGAUCAUUGUAGUGAAGAAGACCCAUCUAAAUCAUUAGAGUGUCUCAUUUCAACCCUUCCACUCCUUGAGAAUUUGACUUUGAAGGACUGUUACAAAGUGAAGUUAGAACACAUUAAAAUUUCGAAUCAGCAGUUGAAAAGUUUCAAUUUGAAGAAUAGGUGUACUAAAUAUGAUUAUGGGAUGAACAUUAUAAUUGAAUUUGCUCCAAAAUUAGAAUCCUUCAGUUAUGAAGGCCAUACCAACUUUGGCAUAUCAAUGGAGUCUUCUAAUUUGUUGAAUGGAAAAUUUGUGAUUCAUAAUCUGCAUGAGAACUAUGACGCAAAUGGAUUUAUCAGUAUGAUGAAUUUCCUUUUGAAUCUCAAUUGCUCUUGGAAUAUUGUGACUUUGCAUGUUCCUUCAUUUAAGGUUCUCAUAAUGCCUGAAUAUUUGAAGAGGAUAUGUCACUCUUCUUUACUUAAUUGGAAGCAUCUCAAAAUUAACUCUGAUUGUAAGUUGGUCAGAGAAUCGGACUUAAAAGAUAACUUGUUGCGAAUAUCAUCAUCUUUAGAAACAUUAUAUAUUAAUGAAAAAGACAUAUUGUAG